AUGGUUUAUCGCCAAUACCAACUGGGGGAUGACUUCUCCCUCAUACGAAAAGACUUCGGUGGCUACAAGAACUGUGACUUCUUCCUCUGCUGGACUGUCCUUGGCGCGGUCAAGAUAGAUAUCCCUGAGAAAAGCAUAGGUUCUGCUGUACGAGCUGCAAUCGAAGCCCACAGGCCAAAAGGGAGCCCGAAAAUACCCGGCGGGAUUUUCGGGUCGAUAAUCAAGGCGAGCCUCACAGUUGAGGUCGCCGAAGCUUGGGUAAGGGAAGAUAUAUCAAUGAAUCUUUUGGUGGACAUCUUCAACCAUAUUACUACAAACUACGUGUACUGGGAUGUCAUACACAUAUCUGUGGACCGUGCGGAUAAAGGCGCUAUUGAGCUCUAUGAGACACUGGGAUUUAUCAAG